AUGUACUGCCAGUCGUGCAAGAACGUGUACGACGAGGAGGACGCCGGGACCUGCAAGGAGUGCUACGAGGAGGCCAGCGAGACGGAGGAGGAGCUCAAGCGCGAGAUCGACGACCUCCGCUCCCGCCUCCUCUUCCUGCGCCUCCCCUCCCCCACACUCGACGCCUCCGCCGCCGGCCACUCCGACCUCCUCCUCCACGCCAUCCCCGCCUCCUCCUCGUCGUCGACCUCGCCCUCCCCCUCCGGCGACGCCGACGGGGCCCGCCUCGACACCCCCGCCGUCCCGGCCCACCGCGUCAUCCUCGCCAGCAGGUCUCCUGUGUUCAGAGCAAUGCUUGACAGCGAGAUGGAAGAGAGCCGGAGCGGCGUCAUCAAGAUGUACGACGUGUCCUACGAUGUCCUCCGUGCUUUCGUCCACUACAUGUACACGGGCGAGGCUCUCCUGGACGAGCAAAUGGCCUGCGAUCUCCUGGUGUUGGCCGAGAAGUACGAGGUAAAGCACCUGAAGACCUACUGCGAGAAGUUCAUCACGUCCAAGGUGAACAACGACAACGCCAUUGUCCAUUACGCGUUUGCGCACCGGCACGGCGCGAAGCAGCUGCUCGAGGCCUCCAUGUCGGCGCUCAUGGAUAGCAUGCCCACGCUGGCGGAGCGGGAAGAGUACAAGGAGCUGGUCGAGAGGGACCCGAGGAUCCUCGUGGAGAUCUACGAGACCUAUGUCAGCCGACAGGACAACACUGCCGCCGAGAGGGAUUCAGAUUGCUGCUGUAGAAAGUGA